AUGAAACAGACGCUCAUCUGGCUGAUAAGUCUAGCUUCUACGGGAUAUGCUGCCUCGUUUGACCCGUUGGAACAUCUGGGUGCUAGUUCUCCGUGGUUUGCUGGUCCGAAUGUGAACAAAAUAUCCUCUGAUAUCCCUGAUGGCUGCUCGGUCGACCAAGCCGUUUAUGUCGUUCGCCACGGUAGCAGAUAUCCUGACCCUGGUGCCUAUGAGGAGUGGCAGGCUUUGCAUGAAGCGAUCCAAUCGGCCACUUUCCGUGCCUCUGGGUCUUUGGAGUUCCUCCCCGACUGGAAGCCUGUUCUGAGUCACCCAGAAGAGCAAAUCGCUCAGGUGUCUAUAACAGGCUACAAGGAAUUGUAUAAUCUUGGAGCCGAUCUGCGAUUCCGGUAUCCAACAUUCUACAAAGACAACACUCCGUUCUUGCUUUGGGCAAACCAGUACCAACGGACAGUCGAUUCUGCUAGAUCUGACAAGACCAGGCUAUUCGUCCGUGGUUACCUAGGGCCCAAUUCAUCUUAUGCCGACAUUUACGCGAUCGAUGCAGACGCCGUCGGUGCAGCAGGUAACUCCCUGGCGACUUCAGAUCAAUGCCCACUUUUCAAAGAUGCUAGUGGAGGAGACUACGCCACUACCUGGGAUUCGAUCUAUCUUCCUCCCAUCACGAAGAGGUUGAACAAGUUGAUCCGCGGCAACCUCACUCUCACUGACAGCCAGGUCUCCAUCUUCCCGUACUUGUGCGGGUUCGAGACACAGAUCACUGGGAGCACAAGCCCGUUCUGCGACGUCUUUACGAAGAAGGAGAUUCUACAGUACGAGUAUCGUCAGGAUCUGCGCUACUACUACGGCACGGGUGCGGGUGCCGGCAAGAAUAUGACCGUCCAGUUCCCAGUUCUACAGGGCAUUGUAAAUCUUCUUAAGGAAGGCCCUAACGCCACCACAGAGACGAGCAGUGGCUCAGAGAAGCUUCCACCUCUCAUUGUGGCUUUCACCCACGACAACCAGAUCAACGAGCUAGCGUCUAUCCUUGGCGUCUUCGACAACCAAGAACCGCUCUCCGCGCAGCGAAUCGAUAGAGAUAGAAUUUUCGUUAGUAGCCGCACAUCGCCCAUGAGGGCGACAAUCGCUUUCGAGCGUCUGAACUGCAAGGCCCGCAAGGGCAAUUCAGUCAACGUGCGUAUUCUGCUCAAUGAUGCUGUUUACCCUGUGCCUUCCUGUCGGUCCGGACCAGGUCAAAGCUGCCCUGUUGACGAAUACGCCAAGUAUGUCGCCAAAAAAAAGCGCAAGUAUGGCUCAUAUGCGUCUGUUUGUGGGCUUUCGGAGGACGAGUUGACGACCAUUGGUGAGGACGAAUCUGUCACUUUCUUCAAGAAUCUGACGUUGCCUUUUUUGAAUAUUGUUAAGCCAUGA